AUGCGCAUCGGCAGCAGCAGUGGCUCGAGCAGCAAGCGCUCGUCGUCGUCGUCGACAUCUGCCUCCACCCCAGUCAUCUCAGCCCCCAGACUGUCCCCGACGCACACCGGCCCCGAAACCAGGUCCGCAGCACGCUCGCCAGUCCCAGCAGAGCGCCCUGUCAUCACCAUCCCCUUGUCGCCCGUCGCAGAGGGCAAGUCGCCGAUGCGUCCCCGCCCACCACCCUCCGCGUUCCGGCGCCAGCAGCAGGCAAGCCCCAACCCGGGGAAACAGAGGCAGACCGAAUUACCCACCCUCAACAGCCUACCGGCCCUCGGACGUGACGGUCGCGCACCGUGGGUGAUCGAUCCUCUCGAGGCUGCGCGCGGCGCGGACAUCUGGGCAAAGGGCGAUAGGGUGAUCCUUGUUCUUGGCGAGGUCACCCGCUCCGCGCUUUCGCCGCUACUCUACUCGCAGACGUUCCAGGACACGCUCAUCCUUGUUGGAAGCUUGGCACCGUUGCCCGAGAUUGAGGCGCUUUCGUCCCCCUCGCAGCUCCUCAAUCUCGAGGAUACGCGCACAAUCUACCCUACUAUCCAGCCAUUCCAGCCCUCGGCGACCGCACUCGAACAGUCGCACCCCCUCCCCGCACUCUUGCAGCAUGGGUCCCUCCUGGCAGAGUCGUACCGCAAGAGCAACGACUUUGCCGCGCCGAGGCCCACCUCGUGGGGUUCGCGGUCGCGCCGCAACUCGGGCGCUUCUAGCUCGGGCACAAUGACACCGCCCCUCACGCCACAGCAGCCCCGCAAGCUGCUGUCACCGUUUGGCAGGCGAUCGUCGGUGGCCUCGUCGUCGUCGCCCGCGUCUCCCGCCGGGUCCGUGCCCGGGUCUCAGGUUGACCUGUCACGCCUUGCAUCCGCAUCGGGUGGCGGCACCAAGCGUGCCCCCUCGGUUCUCUCCAUGAGCACUCUGGGCAAUGAGCGCUCCAACCGCCGCAUGAAGACCCUCAUCUUUGGCGACGAGCCACGCGUGUCCGAGGGCUCGCCGUUUGACGCCGUCAUCAACUUUAUCCCCACCCCGGCACCGAGGGCCGACCCCCAGCGCGUUCUCCAGGAGAUGCUGCAGCACACGGUCGUCUUGUCCACAGCCGUCCUCCCGAUCCUGACCACUGCCAUUACCGCAAACAGUGUCACCGCAGCCACCCCUUACUCUGAGCUGGCCCCCUUGUCCAUCAUCAACAUUGUGCCCACCGAGGCGCCUGCCGCGUUUGCACCAGUAGUCGAGCGUUUCCUCUUGCCGCUGCUUCCCACGAUGGACCAGCGUGUCCGCCGCAACCUGUUUGGUUGCGUCACUGGAUACGGCGCCUGGAUGGCACAGGACACUGCGCCCGGCCCAGACAGCAUGCCUGGUGCAGACACACUCCUUUGUGGCGGUGUCCGCAACCUCGCCAUAUUCGGCCCAGAGGGCUCCCUCCCACAGGCGCUGCUGCCUGGUUGGGAGCACUGCACCCUCCUUCCUGGCUCCCUCACCGAUGCCGCGCAAAAGACAGAGACCCCUCCCACGUUUUCGCGCCGCGCGUCAUCGUAUGCCCUCUCGGAGCUUCGCGCCGCCCAGGCCGGUCACCCCGUGUCCGCGCCGGCGUCCCCCAGCGUCGGCACAGGCCACAAGCGCAGUGGAUCCACCGCGUCCGCUACUGCCAAGACGCUCACCCGCAAGUUUUCCAUUUCGUCUAUUCGCGAGUUUGCAUCGAGCAGCAGCAGCGGCGGCGGCGGCGACAGGACGCCCAAGCCUACUGCCACGCGCUCUGCGACCGAGCCUCAACUGAACAAGCUCACCGAAGAGCGCCCGGCUGUGCCGGCCGUGCCGCAGCAGACCGAGGCCAAGGCAUUCACGUCCAGGUUUGACCCCCGCAGUCUGUCGACGAGCUUGUCCCAGACCACGUCGUCGUCGGCGUCGCGUCUCGGCUCGCUGGGCAUGUCCAGCCGCGGCAACCAGACGGCCAACUCGCCCUCGGCGCUGCGCAACCAGGUCGUGCCCACCACGCUGGUCACGUCGCCCCCGACGCCCGAGCUCGACCCCAGCUCGAGCUCGUGCUCGUCGUCGUCGGUCCUCGAACCGCCCGCCGAGGAGCGCAGCGUCAACAGCGCCACAUCGGCCAACUCUGCCAUCCGCGCCGUCCCCGCGCCCGCCGAGAACACCAAGACGGCCGUGUUCGUCCGCAAGUACAGCUUUGCGUCCCUCUUCCGCCGCCGUGGCGGUGGUGGUGGUGGUAUCAAGGCGUAA